UUAAAUGAAUAUAUAUUACUUGAGAGGCUGUGGUUUAUGAAAAACACCAAACUUUCAAGCAGCUUCUCUCCCAUAACGUUUGAGUCUCACCACGUCAGUUUCAGUUGAACACUGCAACAUUUCACCUCGUGUUAAAGUUGUUUCCUGUUUCAGCUUUUCCUGCCACUUCAAAACAUGUGGCAACAUCACUUUGUGCAGAGUGAACUUGAGAUCUUAUUCGUGUAGAGGCGUGGUUAUUGUGGUUUUUGUCACAGCUACAUCCAGUUGGCUGCACUUCUGUAUUUCUCACAGGAGGCAGAAACAUGUUAAACAACGCUUCAACAGAAAAUGGAACAAAAACAAGUAACCCAACAUAUGCUGUGGUGUUUGGAUCUGUGAUAGCAGUGGGUUUUCCUCUCAAUGCUGUGGCACUGUGGAUUCUGAUACGCUGCCACAGCCUCAAGUCACCCAGUGUUGUCUUCAUGGUCAACCUGGCAAUCUCAGAUCUGCUGCUCGUCAUCUCUUUACCCAUGAGGGUUUACUUUUACGCCACAGGAAUCUGGCCUCUGAACAACCUUGCAUGCAUUUGUUUCACUAUGCUCUUUCGCAACAACAUUCGCUCAAGCGCCUUCUUCAUCACCUUCAUCUGUGUGGACCGGCUGCUGGCUGUGGUUUAUCCGCUGAGAUCUCGUCACCUUCGGACCUCGUCUAACGCCUGGAAAGCUGCUGCAGUCGUUUGGCUGCUUGUCCUGUUGAUGAACAUCCCAGAGAGUGUGUCCUUUUCAAGGUUUUUAAAUAACUUAACUGAAUCGUCCUGCUUUGAAUUUCAGAAUCCUCAAAAAUCAGCAAUGCAAUUCAUUCAGCCUAUGUUAGUGUUCGGCAUGCUGGCAGUCAACAUUGUGUGCACUGCUCUGGUGUCUUGGACUCUCAACAGACAUCUGAAUGACUCUGCAAGGGUCAACAACAAGGCAAAUGUCAUGCUGAUCUUUGUCAUGAACUUGAUAAUGUUCAUGGUGUUUUUCCUGCCUGUAUCAUUGGGUAUUCUCAUUGGAAGAUGGAGACCUUUUUGCACACCCCUCAUAUGCCUUGCAAGUGUGAACUGCUGUCUGGAUCCUUUGUUGUAUUACUUUUCUUUUGAUGGCUUCUGGAGGAAAAGAGAGGAUGGGGAUUCCUCCCUUGGAGAGAACAGUAGGAGAUAACAGAACACAGAGACAUGUAUCUUUCAAACAGAUUCUCCACAAUGCUUGUGCUUGUACUGUGUGUGGAUGUGUGACAUAAGGUGGCACAGAGGGUCACACUGGGAAAGAAUGGCUAUGGUGUAUUUUUUAUGUACAUAUCUCAUCUUUAUGUUAUAAAUGUUUUUAUUAUAAAGGUCAAAGUGCAAAG